CUUUAUAAGAAAAAACGAAAUACAAAAAAAAAAAAAAAACAAAUUUUUUUUUUUCCUCCAUAAUAUAAUGCAUAAGUAAUGUGUGAGAGCGCGUGUGUGGCGACAAGUUUAUAAUAUGGUGUUGUCUUGCCUGUUGGGCGAAUGAAUAAAAGUGAAAAUCUGCUUAACAUACGCUUGCAAACGCAACAAUAGAAACAUUUUCGAAAAAUGUUCAAUUGCAUGGAAAAAUCUUUCAAUUACAAUGCGACGGUAAUUGAAGCAAAAUUUCUAUAAAUUAACUAAAGUCUGUUACAAAUACAUAAAGGAAAAAAAUAAAUAAAUAAGUGAAAUAAAAAAUACUUUACAACUACUCAUCAACGCCAUUCAAAAAAUAUAUAAAAAUAAAGAAAAUCAAAAGGAAUUUCAACUCAGAUACCACUGCGGCGAAAGAAGUUAGUCAUUGUGCUAAAAAUUUAAUUUGAAGUAUAAGGAAAGAAACAAAAAAAAAAAAAAACAAAAAAAAAAACAAGAAAAUUCACGAAAAUGCUAACAAGUAAACGUAGAAAAUCUCAUAGCAUUUACAACCGUCUGUUGGCGGUUGCUUUAAUAUGUGGCUUACUUUUCUGCGAUGGCAUUCAGACGUCAAAUGCAGUACCGCAGGCAAACUAUAGUGAUGAUGCAAAUGCGCAUAAUAAUCAACAACAUGAUAGUACAUCUGCAUCAGCAAUAAUAACAACAACAACAGCAGCAGCAGCGGAUUUAACAAUUGUUGGCGUUACGACAGUCAAGCCAGUAUUGCUCAACCGUAAUACUAAUAACAGCAGUAACAGCGCCAACGACAACAAUAGUAGCAUUAUUUCUACUACAGAGAGUCUUAAGUUUACGACAAUACAACCAGAGUUGUUGGUUGAUACGACUACGAUAGUAUAUAAUAUUAACAAUGAUAGUUCAUUGACUUCUAGCAUAACAGAAACCAUAGCAACAGCAUCGGUAACUUCAUCAUCGCCAUUGCCAUCGUCUUCAUCGAACACAUCAGUAUCUUCUUCCUCUGCUGCCAUUGCUGCCAAAGUUUCACAUGCAACGGUUCCGUUCACAAUUACAACAACACCAGCAACGCCGAACAGCAUCAGCUUUGGCCCAACUUUAACUGAAACCAACAAAUUGCCUGCCAACGUUCGUGAUGUUAAUAAUAAUGUAGACUUGAAUGCUUAUAUUGCUACAACGAUGGCAACAUUAUCAACAAAUCCUUUAUCCACAAUAUCGCCGAAGCUUAUGGAGACCACAAUACUACCAAUAACGGCAUUAGCGGAAGAAUCAUCAUUAUCAAGUAAUGCGAAAACAGCAUCUACAACAACGGAAAAUAGUAAAUUAAUAGAAACCACCACCCAUGAAACGAAUAAAUCGAUAACCAUGACAACAACAACAGCACCAGCCGUAGUAACAACAACAUCAAAUUCUAGAAAUGAUACGAAAGAAGAAAAAUCCAUUAUUAAUGAAAUAGAAAAAGAACAAAUAUUGACUAUAGUAACAACAACAACACCAGCAGCAGCAAGCAAAGAGAAUUUCAUAACAACUAUGCCAUCGGUAAACGAACACGAAAACAACAGCAACAACAAUAGUAAUAACAAUAACUAUAAUGAACAUCAACAGCAACAACAACAGCAUUUACACAAAGAAGAAAACUUUAUACAAAAGAUUGGUGAGGAGACUACCGUGAAAGGUGAAGAAGAAAUGGAAAAGACAACCGAACUUAUUAUAAAUACUACGAUCAAUGAUGUUUACGCCGAUGAAGAUGAAGAGAAAUAUGUGAAAACGUUAUCAAGUACGGAACAUUAUCGCGAACCCGAAGAGCAAAUAAAUCAAAUUUCAGUUGAUUUGGAAGAUGAUGUUAAAGAUUUAAAUAAUUUCCGACACCCGAUUACAUUAAUAACUGCUACCCAGACUGAGGAUAAUAAUAAACAAAGGAAAAAACAUGAUCCGAAUAAAUUAUUAAUAAAAUCGGAAUUAGAACAUGAAGAUCCUUAUCAUGCUCAUAUCUUAUCGGAAAAUCAUGAUCGUUUAGCCGAACAUGAAGAAGAAAAUUAUACCAUAACGUCAAAGCCGGAGAAAGCAAUUGUUUCAGUUAUUGGGGAAAAUUUCAACAACAACAAUAACAACUAUACAACUCCAAAAUAUUUUAUUAAAUCGGCAACGGAUGAGAUUAAAAUAAGCGCUGAGAAUGAAGCGACCAUUAAACCUUUUAUCAAUCAAUGGCAUCAUCAGCAAAACGAUAGCAAUAGCGAAGCGAGAGCUAGAGCAAUAAAUGUUCAUCACAAUGCAUCUACCGAUAUGGAUGCGAAAAUAAACUCGAGCACAUCAUCAGCAUCGGCAUCAUCGACGACCAGUCCCAUAAUAAAUAUUGUUGAAGGACAUAAUCAGCAUAAUGAUAAUGACGAUCAGUUAUAUAAUAUGCCCAGUCAUAGCGAUAAUACGAAACCGAUGAAUGAUAUUUAUCCGGCUUAUGUAUUUAAUGGCGAGGGCCGGUCAGUGCAUUCAUCCAUAUCCGCUGAAGAUGAUUUACCUCAGCAUAAUUAUCAUUAUAAUUUUGUGACAACCGAACGUAAUCAUCAUCAUCAUCAUUAUCAUCCGCAACAGCAUUUAAAUCAUUUUCAUGAUUAUGCGCAAAAAAAUUCUGCAUUAAGUGAUGUCAGUAUGGAAGACGAGAGUCAAGAGGAUUACAAAAUACGUAAUCAACAGCAGCAGCAGCAGCAGCAGCAGCAGCAGCAGGAACAACAACAACAACAGCAACAACAACAUCAACAACAUCAUUCAAAAGACUUUGUGGUCAAUGAAAGUUCAUCAUCAAAUGAUUUUAAUACCAAUACAAAUGCAACAUCAACAUCGUCUAUAGCCACGAUUUCAAAUGCAACCAUGGCAGCAACAACGACAACAACAACGAUAACAACAACGACAACAAACUCGCCUUUAGUACAAAUGAAAAUAACUGAAAUAACUGCAGCCGGUGAUACUAUACAUCGUGAGUGUAUAGAAGAUGGUAACAGUUACAAGAAUGGUGAAAAUAUUGAACGUGGCUGCGAUGAGCGUUGCACGUGCAAUCGUGGCGAAUGGAUUUGUUCACCUCGUUGUAUGGGUAAAACAUUCAAACGUGGCACCAUGAUGACCGAACAACCGAAUUGCCAUGAAAUGCCAGUCGAAGAUGAUGAAUGCUGUUCAGCGAUGGAGUGCGGUAACGGUAGCGAUAGAUUUAUUGAUGAAGAAACAUUUCUACCCACGAUAGCAUCGUUAAGUGCUGCUAAUCAAGUGAACGCUACCAACUCACAAAAAUCACGACUCGACUGUCAUUACAAUGGCGGUGUUUAUAAGUUCCGUGAACGUUUGGAAAUUGGUUGCGAACAAAUCUGCCAUUGUGAUGAGGGUGGCGUGAUGAAUUGUAAGCCACGUUGCGCUGCACGCAAUCAUACACGGCUCGAUAAGUGUGUAUUCGUAAAAGAUCCCAAGGAUGUUUGUUGUCAGUUGCAAUUGUGUGAUGUUACUUUAGAUGAUCACGAGCAGACUCCGUCGCCACCGGUUGCCCAAAAUGCCAUUGGUGACGAUAAUUAUGGCUUUCAUGGCUUGCACGAUUCAAUUAAAGGCGAUUGCGAAUUUAAGGGUCAAUAUUACGAGGAUGGCAAACAAUUCCAUGAUGGCUGCGAACAAUUAUGCAUUUGUACCAAGCACGGUGUGCAUUGCGCUAAACUGCAGUGCCCUUCGUCGUUUGGCUUAGAUGUUUUGGAUCCGCAUUGCUUACGCUGGGAACCAGAACCGUUAGAUUUCAAAGCCGAACCGCCCAAUUGCUGUCCAGAUAGUAUGCGUUGCGCAGACAACGGCACUUGUCAAUAUCAUGGUGAAACUUUUGAAAAUUGGUCUCAAAUACCUACCAAUUUAACCGGUUGUGAACAGCAUUGCUAUUGCGAGAAUGGUAAGAUUGAAUGUCGUCCCGCCUGUCCUCCCAUUUUGGCCGUGCCGCCGGCCGACUUACCCUGUCAUCUUGCUCAAGCCCGUCUAGUGCCCAUACCGGAUGAUGAAUGUUGCAAACAUUGGUCUUGUGCUUCUUCUAUUUCAAAACCUGCUAGCAGUAGUACUAGUAAUCCAAUCAACGAUGUCCCUAUUAAGCAUAUUGGAGAGGAGGCGCUAAACGAAAGCUUCUUCGGUCAUAAUGUGGAUACGAAAAAAGAAGAAGAUUACAAUGCAGUGGUCGGCAAGCCUGACGAUAAAAAAACCGCUAAUGCUUUUUAUCCCACAUUGGAUGGUAAACCGCCCAAGGUAAUGGCGACUCAAUUCGCUUACGACCAGAAACCAGAGAAACCUUCUAAAAAACCAUUGCAAGUGGUUAAGCAAAAAGACGUUAAAUACGACGUUCAUGAGCCUCAAGUGGAAGACGAUUUACCGCAUCCAGUUUUAGGUCCAGGUUUUAUACCAUUGCCGCCACGAGAGGGUGCCAAGGGCCAAGCAAUACCGGGCACCUCGCCUUAUGACACGGUGAAUUACAAUCAAAAUCUAGCACCACAUCAUCCGGGCCCAGGGGCCUACGGGUUUUAUCAUCAUAAUGAUCCUUUUAGUCCUUACGAACCAUACGAAAUCAAUCCAAACGGUAUACCACAAGGUAAACCACCCGCACCUACUAGUCAAUCAGAUCUAUUCAAUAUUAUUGGAGCUGGAGGUGGGGUGGCAGGCAAGCCAGGUCAAGGUAACCCUCUGCCGCCACAUGUACGCAUAGAACACAUACUGCAGCAUUUACAACAAAAUCAGCAUCCACCAAAUCCUGCUUUAGUGCAUAUACCGCCCUUCAAUAAUGUUAGCGGAGCUCCGAUGCACACGCAAUAUGUGCCUAUAGUUCAUAGUGGACUGCCGCCACCACCCCAUGGUAUUGCAAUUGUCGACGGAACUCCGGUAAACUAUAAUGGAUAUCCGGUAUUACCAGGAGUUGGGCCUGUUGCCACUCAUCUAAGUCAAAAUAGUUAUCCUAAUUCAUCGACAUCAUCGAAAGGUCUGGCUACAGCGCCCGCAGAACAAGCUACCGCCGCUUCAAAAACUCAUAAAACAGGUCUUAGCAAUAUUCAGCCCGACAUUGAAGUACAUACCUUGGAAGCUAUUGAUCCACGCACCGUGCGAGUAGUGUUCACUGUUCCCCAAGUCUAUGUUAAUUUACAUGGCCGUGUUGAAUUGCGUUACACCAACGGACCCAGUAACGAUACAACUAAAUGGGAGCAGCAAAUAUUCGCCCCGCCCGAAGAUCUUAUAGCCACGUCACAAAUGGAAUUCGAUUUGCUGGGCUUAGAACCGAAUUCUCCGUAUAAAAUAAAAAUCACUUUGCUUUUGCGUGAUCUAAAUUCGCAACCGACGAGUUUAGUGUAUACAGUACGAACUCCAGCUGAACGCAGUAUAACACCACCUCCCCCACCUACCGAUUAUCGACCAGAUUUCCAAGAUAUGCUUAAAAAUAUAGACGAUCCCGAAUUAAAUGUGAGUGAAAGUAAUUCAACGUGGCUGCACAUAACCUGGAAGAAAAUUUCCGAUGAUCAGCUAGAAUAUAUAGACGGCAUACAAUUGCGUUAUAAGGAAUUGAGUGAUUUAAUCUAUUCCUCAAGUCCUUUAAUACAUCGUUCCUUAACUUCUUAUACCAUAGAAAACUUGCAACCUGAUACUGGCUAUGAAAUUGGCCUAUACUAUAUACCUUUACCCGGGCAUGGUGCUGAAUUAAGGGCUGGUCAUAUGAUUAAAGCGCGCACUGGUCCAAAAAUGGAUGCUUUUGCUUUUGAGGUUAUGGUGAAUGUAACUAAAAUUAAAGCUCAAAGUGUUGAAGUAUUGUGGAACGGUGUCCCCUAUCCAGAAGAUAAAUUUGUUAAUAUUUAUCGAGCAAUUUAUCAAAGUGACUCGGGCAAAGAGGACUCGAGUGUCUUUAAAGUAGCCAAACGUGAUAGUACCACCGGUACGCUAAUAAUGGAUUUGAAACCGGGUACCAAAUAUCGUCUAUGGUUGGAAAUGUACAUGACUAAUGGAAAAAUUAAGAAGAGCAACGUAGUAAAUUUCAUUACAAAACCGGGAGGAUCGGCAGUACCGGGAAAAACGGGUUUAAAUGCUUACCAAAGGAUUGAAAGCUUCAUGGAUGGUAUAGGUAAACUUUUAACGGCUGGGCUUGAUCAGCCGGUGGGUGACUAUUAUGGACCUUUGGUAGUGGUUUCGGUUGUCGCCGCUUUAGCUAUAAUGUCAACUUUAGUUUUAUUAUUAAUAUUAACCAGAAGGCGCGUCCAUCAAACGGCCACUAUAACGCCACCGCGUAAAAGUGAUGCUGCUUAUGACAAUCCAUCCUAUAAAGUCGAUAUACAACAAGAAACCAUGAAUCUGUAGCAAUUCAAUGGUAUUACGAAUCAAAACCAAUAGACGAAAAUUUUUGAAUUCAAACUAUUUCGCUAAACUCAAAAACCAAUCCUUCAGCUACUAGUUAUGUGUGUGCAUGUGUAUGUAAGUGUAUUUAAUAGUUAUAGAGAACAAAAAGAAAAAAAAAAAGA